GGGCCGAAACCAGUUCAUCGCGCCGCUAGCGCUGCCAUGGCCAUCACAUCGCUGCGCCGGAUCCGCGCAAAGACCGUUCGGUCGGCCGUGGCAUCCGUGGCCUUGGGCGAACGGCUGCCGAAUGCUGCAUAUGUCGCCACUGGCGCACUCUUGCUCUUCAGUUUGAGUCUCAUCCUGUGGCUUGGCAAAAUGGGACAGAUUCCUCCGAACCUCAGGUUGAAAAGCGCUAGUGGCUCCAAAAGGCAUUCGCCACUUGUUAAUAGUAGUUUUGCAGGUUACUUGUGCGGAGCAGAGUGGAGAGCUUACAGAAUGGUCAUUGAUUCAAUGUAGAAAAGCCUACUUGGAGUGGACUACAGAGAAGCAAGUUCCGUUCUUGCACUGAGGUUCCCUUCACAGGACAGUAGUGCAUCACGCGAGUUGGCUGGCAAGGCGACCUGCAAAGUUUGUCACGGCCGAGCACUCCUUGGCCUUCGCAGCUUUGUGUUGCUGCUCUUCACUUUGAGUGGAGUGAUGCCAUGGCUGAAGAACAAAAUCAUCCCUCAAAUCGUCGACAGGAAGCAGUUUGAGGCCAGCUUCAAUUUGGAUAAGUACUAUGGCUUUGCUGCACAGAUUCUGUACCAUUUUGUGCUGAGCGGUUGCUUUGCGACCGCCAUCUACACAAGUGACAACACUCUCUACCACUUGGCUACACUUGCAGAGCCUGCCUAUUGCACGUUCGACAUCCUUCUGCUGCUGUUUACAGGUGUGUCUUUCACUCACUGGCAACUCAAGCCGCUGCUGGUGCACCACACCAUCUCCUGUGCUUGUUGUCAUGCAUUAAUGUAUGGAAUCCCUGAAUCGAUGUACGGGAAGCUCUUGCAGCUCGUCUUUCAUUUGUCCAGCGGCUUUUGCUUGGGCAUUGCCAACCUGCUGCAGACGCCGAGCUUGAAGCUUUCCACCCUCCAGAGGCUUUGGUUGCAGGUGGUGUCUAUGAUGUUCUGGGCAGCGACUCGUGUUGGGUUGGUCUUUCUGUUGGGCAUUUGCACUUUGAUGGAUGCAGCCCGGAUUCACCCCGCCCAGUACCGACAAGUUAUGGUGGAGCUGAACGCUGCAGCUAUUGGCUCCUUCGCGUUUGUGGUGAUAAAGACGCCGAUCAUUACGAGGGCUUUGCAGGAGGCCAUUCAAGAGAGCCUUGGCAAAGGGCGGCGAGUGACGAGGGUGCACGAAAGAUCAUGAGGGUGAUGAUUUUCUUCAGUUUCUAAUAGGGUUUGGCUGGUUUGCUAUUUGAUCUAAGUUGCUUGGCAGAACUGAUCAAAUCCACUUUUGAAAUGUUCUUUCACAAUUCAAAAUCCUUCUUUCCCUCUCUUUUCCUUCAAGGUAUCAACAAGACAGGCGCGAUCUUGAAGUUGGUCUGAACCAAAGCCCCAGGAUUUGGAGCCGAGGAGCUG